AUUCUUUCUCUGUGUAUCUUAUUUUAUGUAAAUAUGUGCAAUCUACGAUGUGCCUAUACUUAUAUCUUCUAUACGUUCGUGUGCCUUUAUUAGAACAAAAAAAAUAGACAGUAUGUUAGCGCGCGUAUGGCUGAAAUAUAAUCAGCUGAUUACUUACAGUUUUGUGUAUAAUUUCUCUACACACACAGAUAUCCAAAAGUUGCUCAAGCCAUUCGAAUAAGUUUCUUUCUCUUCUACUGCGUUUCGACAAACGAGCGCGAAUCAUCAGUGCGUAGAAUGGAUAAUUUUGGGACAUACUCGUGGAUAAAAUCAGUAUAGCUAAUUUUAUUUCGAGAACAAAGGAAAGCAGUUUGUUAACUAAAUACCUAGUCAUUGCAAAAGUGGAUGGAUCUGAGAAAAAUCGACACAAUGUCGUCGUCUCUAGAUAGCGAAGAUGUAAAACAGCCAAUAAAGCGUUUAGAAAUUCCGAUUAGCAAGUUCAACGAUGUAGCUAUUCCGCAUCAUCUUGACCUUCUGAAGAGGCACAAAAAUAACAUUAAAAAAUCCCAAGGUCUUCGAGACUGGGAUCGAGUCUAUACAGAGCAGAUAAAUGCUUCCAGAAUAGUGAAGCAGCUUAAGCAAUUGCUUCAUGAAAUGGAUACUCUAAGAGGACAAGUGCAAGACAGCGAUAUAGCCACUUUUGAUAAAUUAACAAUGAAAGCCAGGACAAGUACUUUGAAUGCGAUCAAAGAAUAUUUAGAAUUUGAAUUGAAUUUACCACUGGUUAAGAAGCAUUUAACUCAAGUUUCCGAUGAUCAUCAGAAUACAGAAGAAAAUCCACUGGACAAUCGUUUUAUGCAAAUACAAGCGGAAGAAGAAGAGUUAGAGAGACAGCAGGCUUGUCUGCAAGCAUGGACUUCCUUACACAAUGAUUUAGAAGAAUUACAAAAACUUUUCAUUGAUUUCAACCAAAUAGUGCAUGAACAAGCAGAAUCAGUAGACAGAAUUGAAAAUAAUGUAGAAGAUGUUCAAGUAAAUGUUGCAAGUGGAACAAGGUCAUUACAACAAGCAUCAAAAUACAAAGUAAUGGCAUAUCCAAUAGCUGGUGCUUUGCUUGGAACCUGUCUAGGAGGACCUGUUGGAUUAUUAGCAGGAUUCAAAUUUGGAGGAUUAACAGCCAUUGGGGGUGGACUUCUUGGUUUUACUGGAGGAGCAAUAUUGAAGAAGAAGUGUCACAUAGAUACAAAUCUUAAACAGAUCGAAGGUCCUACAGAACUGAGAAGAAAACCAAGUACCUCAAGCCAAGAAUUAAACAAGUUUGAGAGCAAGAAGGAUUCAUGACAAAAAGCACAGUCUGAUGUAUACAAAGAAGAAAAUUCAUGCAACGUUUUCUAGUAAAUUAUAUAUAAAAUCAUAUCAAAAAUAUCCGUGAAAUUCUAUUUAUGAUAUUUAAAAAUAAAGUUUAGUUGAUUAUAAUAUCUCCUAUGGAGAAAUAUAAAUUCACUAUUAUGCUGAAGGCUUGCUUGUAAGACACCUGUGAUUUAAAAAUGUAAAAAUUUGUAAAUAUAUUUCGCUAUUAUAAAUGUUACAAGUACAGUACUAAGGUAUUUUAGUACCUAUCAUGUCAUAAUUAUAUGAAUCCUAGUUGAAAGGUUGUAAUGUCUUCACUAAAUUAGUACAAAAAUGUUCAUCCACCAGCACAUACAUUUUUAAUAAACAAAUAAAUUUAACCAUUGCCACUAUCAUU